AUGGCGGACCGGGUGCAGCGUAUUUUCUGAGCUCCGUCUGCUUGUCCCAAUUUUACACAUACUUUACAAUCCAACUCAAUUCUAUCUGAUCGUAUGAAUCUCUAAUUCAUCAUACCGACGCUUUAACCAUAAAGUGCUCCGGAAAUUGCAGCAUGAAGAAGAACAAGAAGCUCUCUUCAGCCCGCAGUAGCGCGGAGAUUUAUGGCCAUGAUGAUGUUAAGAUGGAUGUCUCUACCGAGAGCUCCAAAAGAAAAGAGCCUUUCUCUCCAGCGAAGAACCCACCAGCAACUAAAAAGAAGGACACUGGGUCAGAGGAAGAUGUCCAGCAGCUGUUGGUGAGUAAAGAAGAACUUCCACCUGAGCAGCAGGAGUGGAGCCACAUUCUGGACCAGGAGGACACUAAGCCCCAACACAUUAAAGAAGAACAUGAGGAACUGUGGAGCAGUCAGGAGGAAGAACAGCUUCAAGGACUGGAGGAGGCUGAUACCACCAAGUUCCCCUUCACUCCUGUCUCUGUGAAGAGUGAACAUGAAGAAGUGAAACCUCAGUCCUCACAGCUUCAUCAGAGACAAACUGAACAGAUGGAAACAGGAGUUGAUGGAGAGGACUGUGGAGGAGCAGAUGCAGAGAGAGACUCAGAUCCAGAGAGACGUUUACAACCAGAGACUGAGGUCGAGACUGAAGACUCUUAUGAACCUGAGACUGAUGACAGUGAUGAUUGGCAAGAGACAGGAGAACAUCUGUCAGAAUUAAACUUGAAAAAUAAGAAACUAAAGACUUGUAAGAGACCACACAGCUGCUCUGUUUGCAGUAAAAGGUUUACCCAAAGACAACAUCUGACCAGACACAUGUUAGUUCAUACAGAAGAGAAACCCUACAGCUGCUCUGUUUGCAGUAAAAGGUUUACCCAAAGACAACAUCUGACCCCACACAUGUUGGUUCAUACUGGAGAGAAAGCUUUCAGCUGCUCUGUUUGCAGUAAAAGCUUUACCCAAAGAGGAAGUCUGACCAGACACAUGUUUGUUCAUAAAGGAGAGAAACCCUUCAGCUGCUCUGUUUGCAGUAAAACCUUUACCCGAAGACAACAGCUGACCACACACAUGUUAGUUCAUACAGGAGAGAAACCCUACAGCUGCUCUGAAUGUGGUAAAAGGUUUCACCAGAAAGGGACUCUGACCAAUCACAUGGUGAUUCACACUGGAGAGAAACCCUUCAGCUGCUCUGUUUGCAGUAAAAGCUUUACCCGAAGAGAAAGUCUGACCACACACCUGUUAGUUCAUACAGGAGAGAAACCCUUCAUCUGCUCUGUUUGCAGUAAAAGCUUUACCCAAAGAGGAAAUCUAACCACACACAUGUUAGUUCAUACAGGAGAGAAACCCUUCAGCUGCUCUGUUUGCAGUGAAACCUUUACCCGAAGACAACAGCUGAACACACACAUGUUAGUUCAUAAAGGAGAGAAACCCUACAGCUGCUCUGAGUGUGGUAAAAGGUUUCACCAGAAAGGGACUCUGACCAAUCACAUGGUGAUUCACACUGGAGAGAAACCCUUCAGCUGCUCUGUUUGCAGUAAAAGCUUUACCCAAAGAGGAAGUCUGACCACACACAUGUUAGUUCAUACAGGAGAGAAACCCUUCAUCUGCUCUGUUUGCAGUAAAAGCUUUACCCAAAGAGGAAAUGUAACCACACACAUGUUAGUUCAUACAGGAGAGAAACCCUUCAGCUGCUCUGAGUGUGGUAAAAGGUUUAGUUCUAAGAGCCAUCUGACCAAACACAUGAUGAUUCACACAGGAGAGAAAUGCUAAUCCUGUGCAAUGGUAAAACUGAUCCAAAGGAUUCCAAGUUAACAACAUCACUAAUGUGUUUUCAUAAGUAUGUAUUGACUAACAGAUGUAUAACUGUUGUUAUAAAGGGAUAUAAGACAAUUCUAUUCACAGGAAUCUCUGUCUGUUCUUUAUUGACUUUUGUGAUGUUUUGUUGCUGACAUAUGAACCAGUAAGUUGGGAUCAGCUAUGACCUUUGAAUUUAAAGUGUUUAUAUGAAACAGUUGCAGUGCAAGGAUUCUUCUUCUCUCCUGAUAUCUUCUCUUCUUUCUGUCACUCUGUUUCCUUGGAUGCCUCUGUGUUGGGUAGCACAAGUUCUUCAGACAGCUCAUGUGUAACCUUGUAAUAAAUAAACUGAUGUAGAGUGAGAAAGA